CAGUAUUUUUAAAAAUGAUAAACAAAAUGUUAGUUACACUAGGGAGAGUAGACGCUAAUAUGUCUCGGGCUUCACAAAUAUUGCUGUUGUUUUCUUUACUGGUAAUCAGUUUGACGCGUUCUUCACAAGAUGUACCCUGUGCCCCCUACACCGUGAAGGCAGGAUACAUUGUGUGUGUCUGCAACAGCACCUACUGUGAUACAGUGCCGUCUGCCGACCCCGUACCCAAAGGCCAGUACAUUGUGUACACAACGUCCAAAGAUGGGCAGCGAUUUGAUAAACAGGUCUACUCACGCGUUCCAACAAACAGCUCACACAAAGUCUACAAGCUGAGGACCGCUGACACACGGCAGACCAUCAUAGGGUUUGGUGGGGCCUUCACCGACGCCGCGGGUAUAAACAUCGCCAGUUUACCCCAGCCAGCUCAAGACAAUCUGAUCAACUCGUACUACUCUAAAGAAGGCAUUGAGUACACAGUUGGCAGGGUGCCAAUGGCCAGUUGUGAUUUCUCCACCCACGCCUACUCUUAUGACGAUGUUCCCGGAGACCUCAGCCUUGACCAUUUCUCACUGGCACCUGAAGAUUUGAACUAUAAAAUUCCUUAUAUACAAGCCGCCAUGAAAGUUAGCACGCGCCCAUUGAAACUUUUUGGAAGCCCUUGGAGCGCCCCAGCCUGGAUGAAAACCAACAACAAGAUGACAGGGAUGGGAUUUCUCAAAGGAUUCCCUGGGGGUGAAUAUUACAAAGCCUGGGGGAAUUACUUUGUCAAGUUUUUAGACGAGUAUUCCAAACACAACAUCAGUUUCUGGGGGCUUACAGCAGAAAACGAGCCCACAAAUGGCUUCGUCGUGGGCUUCCCAUUCCAGUGUAUGGGCUUUACACCUGAGACCCAGAUGGACUUCAUUAAACAGGACCUUGGUCCAGCACUACACCAAGCUGGUUAUGGCAAUGUCAAGCUCAUGAUCUUGGAUGACCAGAGGCCUUUUGCUGAGUUAUGGGCGAGAACUGUAUUGUCCGAUAAAGAGGCGAGCCCCUAUGUUUCUGGUAUUGCACUCCACUGGUACAAGGACACUGCCAGCAUCAACAUCCUAGACAGGAUACAUCAACUGUUCCCAGACAAAUUUCUCUUUGCCACAGAGGCUUGCGAGGGUUCUUUCUCCUGGGAGAAGGAAAAAGUGGACCUGGGAUCAUGGGAUAGGGCAGCCAGUUAUGCAUCUGAUAUCAUUUCUGAUCUGAACCACUGGGUGACUGGCUGGACUGAUUGGAACCUGGCACUCAACCAACAGGGUGGACCAAACUGGGUGUCCAACUUUGUCGACAGUCCUGUCAUCGUCAAUGCAAAAGAUGGCCUAUUCUACAAACAGCCUAUGUUUUACGUCAUGGGACAUUUUAGUAAAUUUGUAGUUCCUGGAUCCGUGUCUUUGGGCACCGAAGCAGAGGUAAAUGACACGCUGAUCGAGGUUACAGCAUUCCGCAGGCCUGAUAACUCUUAUGCCACCAUCAUCCACAAUAAGGGCAGCGAGAAGACAGCAGUGUUUUUGUCAGAUGGCAGUGGAGGAUACUUGUCAGUGACAAGCCCGGGGUUUUCAAUACAAACAGUCAUUUGGUGGUAAUAGCUUAUAAACAAUAAAACAAAUCAAUGCAUAUAUUCUCUUUUAAAACAUAAUUAACUAAGUACACUUUAAAAAAUUGUUUUGUUACAUCAUUGCCUCAUAACAGUUUGCAACAAUACAUACAGCAGGAAGUUAUUUUUUUACAUAUUGUAAAUGCAGGUAAAUCAACAAAGUUAACAAGUUUGAAUUUAUCUGAUGAUUUGAUAAGUGUUUCACUAAUAGGCCCAUAUUUUAACACUCUAUGCACAAUGUACAUUUCAAUACA